UGGGAGGGAGACAGCUUAGUGCCCAGAUUCACAGAUCACAGAUACUGUAACAAGUGAGCAAGCCUGGGCUUUAUGCUCUGACAUCUCCUACUUGCUGAGACGUACAUAUACACAUACAGAAUGGAAAACAAGGGACAGCCAGAUCUUCUGGAGACUCAGCCACUUCAGGAAACUGAUGAAGAAUUGGCAGCCGAUGUUGAUUAUACUGAAAUAAUAAGUGAAGAAGAGAAAGAGGAGCUGAACAAUGAGUUGGCCAAGCUGGAAGAUGAGAUUGUAACCCUACGGCAAGUAUUAGCAGCCAAAGAGAAACACUUGGCAGAGAUCAAACAUAAGCUUGGAGUCAGCAUGAUGAAUGAGUUGAAGCAGAACUUCAGUCGCAGCUGGCAUGAUGUGCAAACCCACUCUGCGUAUAAGAAAACACAAGAAACUCUCAGCCAAGCAGGCAUGAAGGCUACUGCUGCCAUAUCUAAUGUGGGAAGUGCCAUAGGGAAAAAAUUGGGUGAUAUGAGAUCACAUUCUAUCAGCUAUUCUAUCCGUCAUUCUAUAAGUAUGCCAGCAAUGAGGAAUUCUCCUACCUUUAAGUCCUUUGAAGAGCGAGUUGAAAAUACAGUUACCACACUGAGGGGCAAAGUUGGAGGUCCAAAUCAAACUCAAGGAAGUUUUGAGGAAGUCCUGAGCUCUACUGCCCAUGCAAGUGCUCAGAGCUCAUUGGCUGGGACCUUGCUUCCUGAAGCUGAAGAAGAUCUACAAUGUUAAGCAAUAAUGGAACAUAAAACGUCCCCUGGUCUGUGAUAAACAUCACCCACACACAAAGCAAAAGGUUCAAGAACCAGAUACUCUGUAUCGUUAUACAA